AUGUCCGGCAUACCUCAACGCUUCUGGGGUCAACCCAUUCGGUAUCUGCGGUGGGCAGCCCAUGAAAAGCCGGCAAUAUUCUGGAGCUGCGUGAUCGGUGGCCUGGGACCUGCGACAUUUGUCUUCAUCCCGCCGCUGAGGAGAUACUUUGGUGAUCAGGAUCCGCCGAGAAUUCCACUGACUUAUCCCGGUAAGCAUACCGUCCACGAGAUCUUUGUUCGCCGGGUAUCAACUUUGAUGUUGGCGUCUGGCCUGGGUUCCGUGCUCGGAAGAAGAGGGGCCGCAAAGAAUCACACGAUGGAGGAAAUAUCUGCCAGCUCUGGUUCGAGCGGCUCGUGA